UAUCACAUGACAGCGGUCAAGGUGCAGGAAGCCCUCGAGUCACUGGGGACAAUGGAUACAGUGCAGGCCCUGCUGUCACUCCUGUCAGUCAUUUCCGUAUCAGAAGCCACGUACAAACAAUGGAUUCCUAAUACAAACUUUGAGAAUGCCGCCAACUGGAGGGAGCAGAGAGUCCCCUGCGCCCAGGACACAGCGACCUUCCCGAGAGAGCAGAGAGUCUCCGUCUUCGUGCAGUCGUCCCGUCCCCUCACCAAUCUGUUCCUGCCCCUGGAUGGAGAGUUCAUCCUGUCGCCUGGUGCCGGCUUUAUCGCUGCGUCCAGAGAUGAUCCAGAAUGUGACCAAGGGACGUCUCUACACUUUCACGAUGUGGAUCGGUUUCGGUGGUUUGACCCGACGCUCUGGCGCUCUGCCCUGUCCACCGAUGACCUGGACACGGGCAAAUUCCUCUUUGCCGUGGACGCCGAAUGUGUUCCCUGUCGCUAUGAUGACGUCAUUUUUUCUCCUGAAACCUCCUUCCGGGUCCAACUCGAGGAGUCCAGAUCCGACAUUCAGCUGAGGAGCCUCUCUGUGCUGGGCCGAAAACUCACCAGCAAUGAAGACUUUUCACAAUAUCUUAAGUCACCCACUGGGAGGCUUCAGUUCCCCGGACCUGCCCAACCUCAGAUUACCAGCUCCAGAUGCCAGGACACCACGGGCUGCCUAUGCGGCAAUGACGAGAUGCUCCAAGAAAUCUGCACCGCCCGUCUCCAGUACACGGGCGACAAGUGUCCAGAGGCGACCUGCGCAAAUCCCCUGCACCCUGUGGGACAUUGCUGCGGCAUCUGUGGUGUCAUCAUCAACCUGGAAUACUCUUCUGCAUUCACCCUGGAGACAUACAGAAGUCGCCUCCUCCACAUGUUCCUCAGUCUGAGAAAAUAUUCUUCUGUCAAGUUGGCGAUUUCUAAAGUGCAGAGCUUAUCGCCCGCCCUGAGCGUGGCACGCCCCAGCGCAGAACCGAAAAUCCAGAUUGUACUGAUUGACGAGAAGGAAGGGUCAUUGGCAGGGAGUGAUGCUCUGCAGCUCGGCUAUGACAUCAUGGCGGAUGUGGAAACAAAUGGAGAGUCUUUCGGUAUUAUAAAGGCAGAGAUGCUGUUUGCCACCGGUGGUGUUACAAGUCCACAAAAAGGCGCCAUGUCGGCCGGGGCCAUUUCCGGAAUUGUUAUCGGCAUUGUUCUUGGAUUGUCAUUGCUCGGAGCCUCCUAUUUCCUUUACAGGAUGGAUGCCUGCAGGUUCAGGUACACUCAGUUUUUCAAUUUCGGGAGGAAUGAAUCUAGAAUGGAGGACGUGGCCUCGGAGAAUCAAGGAGGAUUUAAUAAUCCGAUUUUUGAGCCAGAAUCGGAAAAUAACCAGGUGGCUCCUAUCGGAGAAGAAAUCUUGAAGGAAGUCGCCCUGCAGGAAAGUGGAUUUUCCUUCUCUAACCCUGUAUUUAAUUCCGAUUUUCAAGCAUAAGCCAUCCCAGUGAAGAAGUGUCAAGAAAGAAACCAUCACACACCUAAGAUCCACCACUUGACUCGCCACCACUCCAGGCUGAGUGGACUUCCCUUCAGGCACGUCAUACAGAAAGAGCUUACAGUCACAGACCA